AUGCUUGCUGUGUUCACUUCGGGCUCAUUCCUGUAUUGGUUGCUGUUUGUUGCUGUAAGACCUUAUCCAAAUCGCCGAUUUGUCAAAAGGCAUCUUGAAACCAGUGGAAUGCCAUUCGAUCCCGUUGAAAGUGACCAAGACGUGAGACGGUUCAUUCUUAAUUAUCUGAAAAGUGAUGGUGUAAUAUUCGGCACGGAUCUCGUUUUGGCUCUAUGGAAAUCCUAUUUCGGUAUAGAGGAGAAAUUGAAAAGAAGCAAUUCGAUGCCACAUGUGGCGGAUGGAACUGAAGAGCCAGUCACACGAUAUUGGCCACCUCCUCCAGCUCCUGACCUUGGACGGCAGCGAAUGCGUAACGCACUUGGGCAGAAUAUUGAUAACUCGCUGGUAUCCCAGAUAUACUGGAGAGGAUCGUUCCACCAUAUCGUACCAACCGCGCUCCUCGUUAUGUAG